GUCGGGUUUGGCGACUGAAAUAUUCUUUGACUUGGACCCAUCCACCCAACUUCAGUCAGACCAGUUCAGCUGUACCAUUGUUCAGGCGCGGCUUUUUUCUCUCAGCGAGUUUACGAGCCUUGAAAGCGCGUUCAAUCACGUCAGCGCGGCUCCAUGGCCACCUCGUCCCUCAUAGCGUGUUCGGCGCAAGCUGCGUCGAGCUGUCUCGCCGCGCGAUGCACUGCGAUAGACGCAGCCCGCAUUUCACCCACAGGCCUCGUUUCGCUCGCAGCCGGCGUAACGCCAGCCCGGAGCACACAGCCUCUGCCGGCUCGCCAGUGGGUGCGCAGUUUCCAGGCAGGUGCGCGACGAACCGGUAGAUCGAACGAUAAAAGGCGGCGAGGGUUUCUUGUUCCGACGGCGGCUACUGGGUCUGCUGCUGGCGCAGGUGACACAGACGGAAGUGACUCAAUCGAAGGGAGGAAACAAGCUGGGAAUCCCAAGGCGGUGGAUCCAGAAGUCCUGGAGGGCGGAAUCGAGGGGAAAACAGGCUCCAGUUCCCGAGAUGCUGACGUGGCUAGCGGUGCUGACGUGGCAGAGGGUGCUGACGUGGCAGGAAGUUCUGAUUUGGACCUAGAAGCGCUUGCCCGCGAGCUGAACAUGGACCUGAAGGAGGUGCAGGAGGCGGAGAGGAUGUUUGAAAGUGCCAUGUCAGCAGUUGCCUCGCUGGAAUCCCUUUCUGCCACGUUUGACCAGAUGGUUCUUGACUCAAGCGAUUCAGGCAACUCAAGCAAGGGUUUAAGGGGGGUUUUGGACUCAGGGGGUUUAGAAACAGCGGGUUUAGACAGGGGAAUGGAGGAGAUGUUGAAGGGGAUAGAAGCCGUGUCUAGGGGUGAGAGGAGAGGCAUCAGCCAAUCAGGGGAGGUUAAUGCAGAUGAGGUGGAUGAUGAUGAUGAUGACGUGGACUUGGCAGGGGAGGCCAUUGCUGACAUGGAGCGUGAUCUGGCGGAGCUGCAGAGGUCGGUAGCAUCCACGCUUGCUGAGCUGGACCGCACUGCCACGUCACUCACUCCGGAGCUUGGGCUCCAGGAGGUGCUGCAACUGAAGAGCUCCAUAUCUGCCGACGUGCAGCAGAUCGAGCAGCAGACAGCCGGUAUUCUAGGGAUGCUCCGCGAGGCAAGGCAGCUGCAGAUGGCGGCUGAGCAGCCCGGCGCACCAGUGGGAGCGCGCCAGCUGGCGGCGCAGAGGGCUGUGGAGGCUCGGAACGCCAUGGCUGCGAUGGCAGGUUCGGCCGAAGCUGCUGCGGAGGCUCUGAAAGCGCUGGAGGAGGAAGGGGCGGCGGACUGGGAUGGGGUGGGGGGGGUGAAGGGAGAGGGGAUCAGGCGGGCGGGGGAGGAGGUGAGGAGGAGGAGGGAAGAGGGGAAGGGAGGGGAGGAAGAGACAGACGAAGAUGAUGACCAACCAGCAUACUUGCCCCAGUGGCACGAAUUGGCAGCGGAGCGGUCGGAACUGAAGAGGGAGCUGGCUGAGAUGUUCAGCAACGCCGUGCAGCUGUUCCAGGAGGGCGACGAGGAGGGGUCUCUGGCGCUGGUGGCUGCAAACGAGGCGGAAGUCAUGGGGCAGCAACGCCGUGCAGCUGUUCCAGGAGGGCGACGAGGAGGGGUCUCUGGCGCUGGUGGCUGCAAACGAGGCGGAAGUCAUGGGGCAGGUGAGGGAGAGUGGGGGGGUUGGAACGAGCUGGCUGAGAUGUUCAGCAACGCCGUGCAGCUGUUCCAGGAGGGCGACGAGGAGGGGUCUCUGGCGCUGGUGGCUGCAAACGAGGCGGAAGUCAUGGGGCAGAUGUUCAGCAACGCCGUGCAGCUGUUCCAGGAGGGCGACGAGGAGGGGUCUCUGGCGCUGGUGGCUGCAAACGAGGCGGAAGUCAUGGGGCAGGUGGCAGGGGGAGAGGCGGGGGUGGAGCAGGCAGCAGUGCUGCUGGCGCUGUCGCAGCUGCUGCUGGGGAUGGGGCACGAGGAGAGGGGGCGAGAGCUGAUGAAUCAGGCCCUGUCUCUUGUGGCAUCACACCCUGCCGAGCCUCUCUUGGACGACCUACUGGAGAAUGCAGGGGACAUGUGCUAUGGCAUGGACAUGUGGGACGACUCGAUCAAGCUGUAUAAACGCGCUGUCAACGUGCAGAGAGAGCUGGCAGGCGGCGAGCACUACCUCCAAUCUUCCACUCUUUGCAGCCUCGCAAACGCCCUGGCUGAAGCCCAGAGGUUUGAGGAGGCGGAGUCGGUGCAGAGGCGCGCAGCAGAGCUGUAUGAAGCCGCCAGGGGGGAGAGGUCCCGAGGAGUGGCGACGAUGCUGGUGCGACUGACACAGAUCCAGAUGGAGGGGGGGAAGGUGGAAGAAGCCGAAGGGAGCAUUCUGCGCGCCAAGGACAUUUUGGUGGAGAAGGAGGGGCUGACUUCGAUGGAGGCAGCAAUAGUGGAAUUCACCCUUGCACAAGUCAGGCAGGCGCAAGGUCGCCCUGACCUAGCAGCAGGAGUGUUGGAGAGCGGUCUUCGGAUCUUUGAGGAGGCAGUGGAGAAGCAGAGGAGGAUGGGUAGCCGGCCGGCGAACGCUGAGCUGCCAGGGGGUGCGGAUGAGCCGGCGUGGGGCGACGAUGAGCUGGCGGGGACUCCCCGCGCGCUGGUGAACGCGCUCGGUGCCUCGGCGUUCCCCGCAUUUGAGCAGGCGCAGAUCGAGCUGAGCAUGCUCUACGACAUUCUGGACAGGGACGAAGACGCAUGCGCCAUCAGAGAAAAGCUUCUUUCCGCCAAAGAGCUUGCAGUCGGCCCGCUCUCCCCGGCCCUCGUCCCGCCCCUCAUCCAACUCGCCCAGUCUCGCAUGACCACCGGCCAAUCAGAGGGCGCCGAGCGCCUCCUGCGCCGCGCGCUGCAGAUCGCCAGGUCAGCGGUGCCAGCUGGCGACGCGCGGUUGGCCGUGCCGAUCGAGCGGCUGGCGCUGUGUCUGGCUCAGAUGGAGCGGUUGGAGGAGGCCGAGGGGCUCGCAAGGGAGCAUGUGAUGAUUGCUGAAGGGGUGGUGGAGAAGGCGGGAACGCGGGGAGACACUGUUGAGCUGCUAGCGCAAGGGCAGCGCAAUCUGGCUCUCAUUCUGAUGGCAACGGGGCGGGCGGAGGCAGCGGAGCAGCUACUGAGGAAGGCUCUAGCGAGGAUGGAGGCAGCAGUGGGGCCCAUGGGGGACGCUGCACUCGUGGUUGCAGGGUCGCUGGUGGUGAACCUGCAGCAGCAGGGGAGGGACGACGAGGCUGAGCCACUGCUUAAGAGACUAGCCCUUGCUGAGGCUGCUGCCACUGGGAACUUGUAGUGAGGUAGUUUGUAUCGAGUCAGUUUGUAACGAGGAUGAGACGGGUGAGUGGUACAGGAGUGGUGCUUGCAGGGUCUCUGGUGGUGAGCCGGCAGCAGCAGGGGAGGGACGACGAGGCUGAACCGCUGCUCAAGAGACUAGCUCUAGCUGAGGCUGCUGCUACUGGGAACUUGUAACGGGGCAGCUUGUAAUGAGUCAGUUUGUAGCGAGGAUGAGAUGAGAGGGUGGAGUGGAGUAGGAGCUGGUGAUUGCAGGGUCGCUGGUCGUGAACCUGCAGCAGCAGGGGAGGGACGGCGAGGCUGAGCUACUGCCAAAAAGACUAGCGCUUGCUGAGGCUGCAGCCACAGGGAACCUUUAGUGAGUCAUUCUGUAAUGAGGAUGGGGCCCAUGGGGGGUGCCGCACUCGUGGUUGCAGGGUCUCUGGUGGUGAACCUGCAGCAGCAGGGGAGGGACGACGAGGCUAGGCUAGCUCUUGCUGAGGCUGCUGCUACUGGGAAAUUGUAAGUAAUGUGGCAGUUGGGGCAUCUUGGGACAUGUGGGAGCAAGGGGAUGAUGGUGAGGCUAUCGUCAUAAAUCGUUGAGAGUUUGCAUUGCUAUUGCGUAAAAUGCAAUUGGUUUCUAUAU